AUGUUUUCAGUUACUCCCUCGAUGCUUGACAUUCUUAAUCCAAUUGCUUCUUUUAAGAUUGAGAUUGAGAUUGAGACGAUCAGUCCAUUCAGUGGGUUCCCUCUAUCAAAGGAGGGAUGUGAUACAUAUACCCAACCAAGGUCGUCUUCUUCAAUAAUAAUCCUGUCCCAUGCAGAGUAG